AUGGCUAGAGGAGUCGCUAUGCUCGCGGGAGGCUCGGCGCUGCGCUCGCGGAGGCAGGCGCGGCUGGCUGUAAGGACUGUCAUCUGGAUGACAGACCUGAUGAUGAUGGAUAGCAGCAAAAGGAAGAGUGGCGAGGCUGCCACCAUCAUAGCAGAUCGGGUGUGCCCAAGCAACAACAACAAGAGGAAGAAGGCCCUUCUACUAUCUUUUUGUACAUUGUUGCUUCCUGAUGAAAUGAUGUUGGAGGUGCUACUUCGGUUCCAUGUCAAAUUCAUUCUCCGCUUCUGGUCCAUCUACCGCGCUUGGGCUGCUCUUUUGUCCUCCAAGGAUUUCUGGAGCCUCCACAUGGAGAUCUCCAAGCUGAUAGGGCCGGCCCUGCUCACGCUUGUCUCCCCCACCACAGGACCGAACUCCACCACAAUGUACUCAUGCUCGCCGUCAGGCUCUAGAGAUGACUUACUCACCACCGUUCACACCGCAAGCCGCAAUUCCAUGGGAAUAGUGACGCCCUCGCCAUGCCAUGGACUCACCCUUCUAUAUGAUGAUGCCGCGCCAGCUUACUAUGUUUGCAAUGCGGCUACACGGGCAAUCACACGCCUGCCGCCUCACAGUACUCCACCAAAAUAUCGUUCCACCGCCAGACUUGGAUUUGAUGCCCGGACUAGGGAGUACAAGGUGGUGAGGUUGAUCACUGGGUCUUCUCCGACAAGGAGAGGAACAGGUGUGAAGUGUACACCCCUGGAGUUGGUUGCUGGAGGCUGGCGGCCGGUGGAGGAGUACCUUUUAGGCUCUCCAGGUAUGCAACAUCUGCAAUUAUACAUGCGACGACGGACAAAGUACCACCGAUGUUUGCCAAUGGAUUACUACACUGAUUCAUCGAUCCUUCCCAUAUCGCCACAAGGACAAGAGAUACCGUCUUAACAUUUUCCUUGACAGACGAGACCCUCAGAUGUGUCCGAUCACCACCGCCCUUCUGGACGUCACAAGUGCACCUGUGGUCAUAAAAAGAGCACCUAGUUGUCAUGGAUGACCAGCUGUGUAUGGUCCGUGACCUUCGCAAUACAAUCUCUCCUGAUGCCACUUUGGAGAUCUGGAAACUGCUGGAUUAUAGCCCUGGUCAAUGGUCACUGUAUCAUCGAAUCCAUUUGUUCGGGCACGUGGGAAUAUAUUUACUUGAUCCGCUCGCUGUGAGGGUUGUUGGAGUCAUUGGCAGCUGCAUGUCAGAAAAGAAGAUAGUCACUGCUUCUACCAAAUACAAGUUCCCCGGCCAGUUUGAGCAGAAGCUUCACACCUAUGACCCUAGGUGUCAAGCUCUAGAGACCAUCCUCUCCAUCACCGAGACACACACACAUACCAGGCCCGGUUCAACAUUCAGUUUAUUUGAAGAGAGCCUUGUACCUACUAAUAAAAUCAAGGAUAGCUUCUGUCCGUAUGUCAUAGAAAUUGCUAUUGAAGUUGUCACAAAUUACCCACCAUGUCAUCCAUAAGUGAGAAAAAAUGAUUCGUAUUUCUUUUUCAAAAACCGUUGCACUGUGAUUGGUUUAUUAAUAAGCGAGCCGUUAAACUACAACGAACGUGGGAGUGGCGCACUUGUUAGGGUACCAUACUUCUGCACCUAAGACCAAGGUUUGCGUCCUGCAUAUCUCACUUUUUGUUUAUUUUUAAAUCGGGCAAGUACAACAUAUGACUUGGCGGGAAGCACAUAAAAUGUAAGUUGGUAUUAUUUGUGAAGCAAUUGUGAUCUGAAGCACCAAAAGAUCAGUCUAUCUCAAGUAUUUUCAAUCACUGAAUCUUUCAGACCAGAUCAAGGAGAACUAUACCUUUUAUGAUUCUACAUGAAAAGCACAUACGGGGAUGUGUCUGGUGCACCGGGUCCCCGUUGCACAUUGUAAAAUGUUCGGAAAAAUUCAAAAAAAAUAGUGCAUUAACUCAACAUCAAUGUAUGUUGCUA